GAUAGAACGAACUCGCAAAGAAGUUACUAGACAGUGUGCAUGGCGUCCAUCUACAGGAGAAAAAGGAGAAUUUAUUAGCAUUAUAACAGCACAAGGAUAUUACUAAUUACGAUACUACUACUUUGUGUCGCUAGAUAAUCUCCGUCGUCCUCGAAAAUUCACUCAUAUAAGUAGAGCUCUCUCUCUCUCUCUCUCUUUUUCUCUCAUACCACAUACACACACGAGCUCUUCACAAAGGGAGCCCCGCGUACAGCUCUGUCUCUUUCGUAGCUUGAGCUGGUCUCACUCUCGAACAGCAAGUGAGACUCCGUUGUGUGUGUAAGUGUAUUUUUCGGACGCAGCAGCAGAAGCAGCAGCUGCGCAUCGUAAACCUACGGAAAGCAGAGAGUUAGACGGCUACGUCCUGAGGACUUAUGAAUUAAGUAGUGCUUCGAAAUAUAUCAGCAACCGUCGAGUCAGCUUCGCCGUCGCCGUCGUGCUCUAAAGCCCUUGCUCUGGGGUUGAGCAACACUUUGACGCGGCGAUCAUCCGAUAGACUCUAGUUCAACCAUUUCGUCAACCAACUACUUACAUCGACGUCCUACUGGAUAUCCUGGAUUUAUCGUCUAAUCUAGUCGAAUUAUCUACCUGCAUCAGUCCGAAGCUGUGCAAAGUGUAUACGUGCAAGUGUGUCAUCCUGGCAUGUCGAGUAAACCCUAAAGAACGGAGAGCAAGAAGACGCAAGACUGUGGAGUCAUCAAAUGGCAAAUCUGAAUUUCGAGCAGCCACCGAGGAGUAUAGCUAAUGCAAGUUUAGCGUCGCGCGCCGGUGGUGGUAGCACAUUGAGCUCGACCCUGGCGGGUCAUGUCACUCCAACGUCCGGCAUGUUUUCCGGCUCAUCCACGGGCAGCGCGGCUGCUGCCAAUUCAGCGGUCAUCGGACCGAAUCUCUAUCACCCGGGUGCGGCUGCGGCGGUCGUCGGUGCUGGUCAACCGACAACCAAUCAUCAGCAGCAACAACAGCAACAACAGCAGCAGCAGCUGUCGCCUAUGAACAGUCGAAAUCUUUUUGGACAGAGAACUUUUACGGGUGAUAGACGAAAUAUGCCGGGUUUAGGGAAUGCUAAUCUAAUGGGUGGAAUGGGCGGCUUUGGAAUACCACAAAAUCGUAGUUAUGGAUCUCAAGGUAUCAAUAAUUUUCAUUCGUCAUUUGGUAGUGGUACAGGUGGAAGUGGUGGAGACACAAGUACACCACCACUUCUGGAUCUCUCUGAGUUUCCUUCUCUAACUAAUAGAGGCCAAGGUGACUCUUCAAUGCCUCAACCUAGCCCAAUGCCUGGAAAACAACCUUAUGUUGGAAUGGUAAAGCAACCAACGUCUGAAUCAAGUGAAUUUACAAUGAGCUCAGAAGAUUUUCCAGCGCUACCAGGAACCCAAAGUAGGGAUGGUCCAUCGCCAGGAGGAAGUAUCAUACCUGGUGACAAAGGAAUGUCUGUAGGCUUAGGUCCAGAGCUCAGUCCUGAUGUGCUACAAGCAAAUAGGUCUGUCAAUUCGGAAAAGUCUCAAAUUGCCAAAAAAGGCAUUCAAACAUCACCUGAUGGUAAAGUAACAAAUAUACCUGGUACAAUGGUGAAAGAUCAAUUUGGAAUGGUGGGAUUGUUGACAUUUAUCAGAGCAGCGGAAACAGAUCCCAAUCUCGUUACAUUAGCAUUAGGACAAGAUCUUACGGCGCUAGGGCUUAAUCUUAAUUCGCCUGAUAAUCUUCAUCAAAAUUUCGGCGGACCCUGGGCAGAAGCGCCUUGUCGACCACAGGAUAUAGACUAUAAUGUUCCACCAGAGUAUCUCAUCAAUGCGACCAUCAGUAGGGACAAAUUGGCGCCUGUAAAGUUAAAUCGAUAUAAGGACGAUCUGUUGUUUUACAUGUUUUAUACCAAUGCAGGUGAUGUACUACAACUAGCAGCUGCAGCAGAACUGUACACACGGGAAUGGCGAUAUCAUACGGAAGAGAAAGUGUGGAUAACGCAAGCCCCGGGAAUGGGUCUUGUCGAGAAAACUUCGACGUACGAGCGCGGUACUUAUUACUAUUUCGACGUGAUCAACUGGAGAAAGGUUCCCAAAGAGUUCCACUUGGAGUAUUCGAAGCUGGAAGGCAGGCCUCAUCUUCCCAAUACUUUUCACCAGAGUCAGCCUUGACCAAGAGCUUCGGUUACACCUCCAGCGCUGUCCUUGGCGCAGUCACACUCGCCCAUCUCUGCUGCUGCUCAUGCGGCUAGAUGAAUCGACGUGCGGGAAACAAGCCCUCGCGGAGAGACGACGGCGAUCUCGUUUUGUACAUUUUAGGGUAACUGCACCAGUCAAUGAACAAAUGACGAAAGAAUAUAAACAAACAAAAGUCAUGAUCUAAUAAAUACGUUUCGAAGUAAAGGUUAAGACUGAACCUCAAUCUCGCUUCGAGUUCAUUUACAAGGUAUUUCUCUGUCUUAAUAAUUUUUUUAAGUACAUGUAAGAUACAACAUGCAAAUAAAGUAAGCAUUUUAAAAACAACAAAAAGCGCUAAGUUCAAAUUUCCAUGCUCUGGUGCCUGUUCUGGUACUGGUACAGUUACCCUACGUCGCGCGUUUGAGAUGCAACAAGGCACAUACACGACAAAAAUCCAUUGAUGAUAUUCCAACACAAGGAGUUGAUAUAUGUACGAAAUAUAAGAAUGGCCUUCAAUGUGCCGUUAUUCUUAUCCUGAUCUGCGUUUUCUAGGGAGACAAACGUACACAACCAUAGCUGAGUUGAUAAAACGAGCCCUGGAAUCAAUUAAGCCAUUGUACAUAAUAACGAAUUUAUCAAUCUCCAAUAAAUCAAUGAAAUUCAUAGGGUUACCACUUGACCGAUUCCCUGUUGUCGAGUGCACUUCAAAUAUUAUUGGUAUAUUGCUAGGCAUUUACAUUGUACAAAAGAGGAUAUUCAAAAAUCGAACGUAAGGAUUUUUUAUUGUGUUGUAUUACUAUUUGUAAGAAAAAACAAAGAAAGAAAUGUUUAGUGAGAAAAUCAUGAGUAUUAGUAGGUCUUUAUUUUUUCUCUCCUCCAUUGCUUUGUGCUUUCAGAUCAUUAGUUUAAGUUAUUAGAGUGUACCUUUCUAUUUCUUCGUCUGAAUACACACGGGGAAGUUUUCGUGGAAUUAUUAUUUCAAGCUUUUGCUUGGCAUCAGUAAACUUAACUUCAAUAAUUUUCAGUAAAUGAUUUUACUAUAUUAUUGUAAAUGAAUACUCAAAUUCACCUGUGAAAUGAAAACACCACAAUAUGUAAAUUUAAUUGAAAUUUUCAUUCGAGUUUUCAAAUAAGUAUUGUAUCAAGAUGCUUAAUUAUUGUAUAAAAAUAUGAAAUAAUCAACUGAUCAAUUCGUAUCGUAUCAAAAUUUUACGCCAACAAUCAAUAAUGUUUGAAAAAGAAAUGAAUUUUACGAGAUGUCGAUAAGCUCUUAUACGCAAAGAUGUGUGUCGCCGUCAUUCGAAAUGCAAAGUGGAGAUGAGGGUGGAUAUCUCUUUUUCUCUUGAUUCUUGAGAUUGUACAAAGCCUUGCUUGGUCAUUCAAGUCCAGAAAUCAUUUAAUCAGCUUAAUUUUUAAUUGCCGCAAUUAUAUUUUCGUUACUUUAGUUGGAGAUACGGAGUACUGUCAAAGUUUCUACAUUAGAAUAACGAGUGGAAUAGAAGAAUAAAGAGUUUUUGAAGUAUGCAUAUAUCUGCUAAGAAAUAAUAGAAAUUCUAUUUUCUAUGUGAUAAUGUUCAGUCAUUAAUGAGUGAGUUUUGUGAUCCCAAAAUUGAAGGGAAACUCGACAGACAUAUGUCUUGCCGCCUGUUUAUAUUUUAAGAACUUAUAAGCAAAGCAAAUUUACAGACGUGCAAUAGACUUUGACAGAAAUCACUGGUUUGAAUUAGAUCUUUUUGGUAAUUUGAGUGUGGCAAGUUGUUACACAAUUUUCAUUGUCAAAUUAUCAAUUAUUAUCAUGUAAAUAAUGUCUACGAAUCGGUGUGAAAUUCCUACUAAGCGAAAAAUUAUAUCAAUUCACACAAUAAUACUUUGAAAAAAUAUUUACCUUAUCUGUACAUUUACUUUGUUUAUGAAUGUAAAAAAUAUGACGUCAAACGUUACAGCUAGUUGUAUACAGUCAAGAUUAUUUUAUUCGUUCUUUAAUUUGUACAGUUUGAUUAAAAAGCAUGAAUGAAGUUUUUUGAAUAAAACAUAUUUGCAAUCAUCAACGACGACAUU